CCUCCGCGCAGUGUCUCAGAGCGAGUGCUGGCGGGCGCCAUGGCCACUGAUCCGCGCGGGAAGGCCGCGACUCUGGCCCUGAGAAGGCGGCUACUCAGCAAUUCCUGCAGACUCUUUUUUCCUGAGGAUCCUAUUAAGAUUGUCCGGGGCCAAGGGCAAUACAUGUAUGAUGAACAGGGGGCGGAAUACAUCGAUUGCAUCAACAAUGUGGCUCACGUUGGGCACUGCCACCCUCUCGUGGUCCAAGCAGCACAUGAACAGAACCAGGUGCUCAACACCAACAGCCGGUACCUGCACGACAACAUCGUGGAUUACGCACAGAGGCUGUCCGAGACCCUACCGGAGAAGCUCUGUGUAUUUUAUUUCCUGAAUUCUGGGUCAGAAGCCAACGACCUGGCCCUGAGGCUGGCGCGCCAAUACACAGGACACUGGGACGUGGUGGUAUUAGAUCAUGCUUAUCAUGGUCACCUGAGCUCCCUGAUUGACAUCAGCCCCUACAAGUUCCGGGACCUGGAUGGCCAGAAGGAGUGGGUCCACGUGGCACCUCUCCCAGACACCUACCGGGGCCCCUACCGGGAGGACCACCCCAAUCCAGCUGUGGCCUAUGCCAGCGAGGUGAAACGUGUGGUCAGCAGCGCACAGGAGAAGGGCAGGAAGAUUGCAGCGUUCUUUGCUGAGUCUCUGCCCAGUGUGGGAGGGCAGAUCAUUCCUCCUGCUGGCUACUUCCCAGAAGUGGCAGGGCACAUCCGCAGGGCCGGAGGGGUCUUUGUUGCAGACGAGAUUCAAGUGGGCUUUGGCCGAGUAGGCAAGCACUUCUGGGCCUUCCAGCUGCAGGGGGAAGACUUUGUCCCCGACAUUGUCACCAUGGGCAAGUCUAUUGGCAAUGGCCACCCUGUAGCCUGUGUGGCCACAACACAUGCUGUGGCGAGGGCAUUUGAAGCCACCGGCGUCGAGUACUUCAACACGUUUGGGGGCAGCCCAGUGUCCUGCGCUGUUGGGCUGGCCGUCCUGGAUGUCUUGGAAAAGGAGCAGCUGCAGGCUCAUGCUGCCUCUGUGGGCAGCCUCCUGAUGGAGCUCCUUGGACAGCAGAAAGCCAAACAUCCCAUCCUUGGGGACAUCAGGGGCGUUGGGCUCUUCAUUGGUGUGGAUCUGAUCAAAGAUGAGGCCACAAGGAUGCCAGCAACCGAAGAGGCUGACUAUGUGGUGUCCAGGCUGAAAGAAAACUACAUUUUGUUGAGCACCGACGGCCCCGGAAGGAAUGUCCUGAAGUUCAAGCCCCCGAUGUGUUUCAGCUUGGACAACGCACGACACGUGGUAGCAAAGCUGGAUGCCAUCCUGACAGACAUGGAGGAGAAAGUGAGAAGUUGCGAGACACUGAGGCUCCAGCCCUGAGGCAGCUCUGCUGAGGGGUGUCCUCUAGGUAAGUGGCCUUACUUCUUGUUCCUAGAGAACCAGAACUGGGUUCCUUACCACCUAUUUAGCAGCUCCUUCAACAUUCUUGUUCCAAGUGAUGUCCCCUUCCCACGGGUUAGUUUUAAUACUGGGAGGCUCUGGCUGCCUUGGGCUCUCCCCAUCCCCCAUCUCUGAAAAAUCUCCAAAGUACUUAAGUUUGCAUUUGAUGGCUGAGCAAAGAAUAUAGCUAUUUCCUCCCUUCUCCAGCGGGUUCCUCUACGGGAGAGCUUCUGGCAGGCUUUAUCCACCUGCAGCCCCCAGCCAAGUGCUGUGUCUUACAACUAGCUAUCUUAGGCCUCAGCCACUAGACUUGGGGUGCUCCAAUCAGGCCAACAGAUAGGCCCUGCCACAGGGGGCCGUUACAACCAGGAGGGGCACCAUCUUGCCCAGAUCCAGCUGGCCCUUUGUGUGUCUGCUCUUAUCUUUAGGUUCACACUGUCUUUGCUGGGAGAGAGAAUCCCAUUUCCAAUGGCAAGUCAAGACAGGUGUUCCAAGGUGCUCCAGACUCGAACUGCCCUGGGGACACUGGGGCAGUGUCCCCACUGAGGGUGGUAACCCUCACUGUACUGUUUUCACCCCCCUGAACAGCUGCCCCAAAUAUCUGAGCCACUCCACUUUCUUUAAAGGGGCACAAGUCCUAGGCAGGGCCAAGUCAUUAAAGGAAACUAACCAAA